UGCGCUCGCUGAUCAUCUGAUUCCACUGCAGCACUUUCAGCUGCUUGUGCCUUUGAGGUGCCUAUGCCUCACGUGGGAGUGCAGUGGGUUACCUUAAAGGGAAAAUCUGAUGAAACUGCUACAAGAACUUGUUGUUACAUGUGCUAUCUUAGUGGAAUUUACCAGAAUAGAAAGGAGAUUCCUGACCUAGGAUCUGGAACAGAGCUGCAAAGACAUUAAUUCCUCAGAGUGAGAUUGCCUCUGUUCAAAGGAACGAUAACGUACCAGGAAUACACAAGGUCUCUACUGUUCACCCAGACUAAGCAAAGCUUUCACCUGAAAGAAAUAAAAUAAACAUGGCAGAAUUUACAGGUUACAAGGAAACCUCCAAUCGGCACCUACGUUUCAAGUUGCAGAGCCUCAGUCGCCGCCUUGAUGAACUGGAGGAAGCAACCAAAAAUCUGCAGAAGGCAGAGGAUGAACUGCUUGACCUCCAGGACAAAGUUAUCCAGGCAGAAGGCAGCAACUCCAGCAUGCUGGCUGACAUCGAAGCCCUGCGGAAAAGAGUCCUGAAGAUUGAAGGCAAGGAUGAAGAAAUUAGGAAGGCUGAAGAGCUUUGCAGAUUAAUGAAAGAAAAACUUGAAGAGGAGGAGAGCCUCACUCGAGAGCUGAAGUCAGAAAUUGAACACCUUCAGAGGAGAAUGGCAGAGCUGGAGAAGCUGGAGGAGGCCUUCGGGAGGAGCAAGAACGACUGCACACAGCUAUGUCUUAGCCUCAAUGAAGAAAAGAACUUGACCAAAAAGAUAUCUACAGAAUUAGAAAUACUUAGAGUGAAAGUGAAAGAACUGGAAGCAUCUGAGGACAGACUGGAUAAAACUGAGCAGAGCUUAACGGGUGAGCUAGAAAAGCUGAAAUCCUUGGCUCUGAGCUUUAUCACAGAAAGAAAACACUUUAAUGAAAGAGAAAAGCAGAAUGAAAAAAUAAUCCAGGAGCUAACACAGAAACUAGAACAAAACAAUAAACUAAAUAGAGCAGAUCAAACUAGAAAUGCUUCCAACUUGCUAGAAAGGUCAUCCAACAAUCUCCUGGACAGAAAUGAUUUGAGAAUUGAAGAUGACUUGACUUCUGCACUGCCUUCUAAGGAGACCAGGAGGAAGGGAAGUGUGGAUUACCUGAAACAUGUAGAAAAUGAAACCAGAAAUAAAUCAGAAAACCAAAAGAAUAAAAACCAGGAAGACAACAAAGUGAAAGAUCUCACCCAAGAAAUUGAGAAACUUAAAACUCAGAUCAAACGUUUUGAAUCUUUAGAAGAAGAACUUAAAAAAGUAAGAGCCAAAAACAAUGACCUGCAAGACAGUUACUUGAGUGAACAGAAUAAAAACAAACUCUUAACAGGUCAGCUAGAAGAAAUAAAAAUGCAAAUAAAGAAACAGAAAGAUCUGGAGAAUGGAGAGGUUGAAAAUGAAGAUACAAGCUUUUCCAGCAGGGGAAAACAUGACCGACCUAAAUACAGAGGUGUCCCAGCUGAUUUGACAGCGGCCAAGCACAAGCCAAGGGAGCUCUCGCCGCAGCAGCGCCGGGACAGAGCUCGGAACAGAGACUUCUCUGUCAGUAAUGACAGCUACAGCCAUGGUGGUAAGCAGGUACCCAGUUCCUUAAUGAACAGAAAAGCGGGAAAAACAUCUGGUGCAUCUGCCCUUUCAGACACUGCUGUCGCAGAUACCAAAAGACUGGAAGAUAAAUCUUUAGUUUCCACUAUUUCUCUUGGUCAGAAGGAAGGCAGCGUCAUGCAGAAUGAGGGGAAGAGAUCCAAAGAGCAGCCGUCUGUCCUCAGCCGAUACCCUCCUGCUGCACAGGAGCAGAAGUCUUGGAAAGCGCCUUCUAAACCUGUUGGCGACACAAGCCUGAGAUCCAAGGCUGAAAAGCCUUCUCAGGUGCUCCGUGGCAGCUGCCAAAAUGGAGCUGACACACGGGAUGAAAAGUCAAGCAAAGAAGAAUCAAUAGUUUCUUUGGCUGAGAAGCUGAAAACAAGCCAGGCUGAAGUCACAGGGGACACGCAGCUCACGAGGGGUAACCACACCUCUUCCAACGGCACAGCUUCGGCAUACAGGUACCAUCUGUCCUCCCACGUGUCAGCCUCAGACUCUGCUGGCUCCAAAGUAGAAGCAGUGAACACUUUUGCCGCAUCACACAGACAGCCCUUGGAGGGGAGGGCUAAAAGGGCAAUAAUCUCCCAGGAAAAAGAAGUCACAGACACAUCGCUUGAAGGUGUGAAGUUUUCAAUGCUAACAAAGUGUUCCCAUCGCUCCAAGAGUCAGGAAGACAUUCUGCAGAUUCUCACAGGUCUUGAUAAAGAAGACACAGAGCAGUCUGCAAGUUCAGCAACAGAUCACGUGAAUAGGGGUUUAAAAACUGACUCCAAGACCAUCCAGAGUAACCAGGAAAAGCUUAAUUCAGAUGAAGAAUCAGGAAGAGGCAAAAAAACAACCACUCAGUCAGAUUUUGAGACAAGAAAGAAAGUCAGUUCCAAGCAGUUCUCCAAUUCUAGAGGAGUUUUUAGAGCAUCGCUUUUUGAGAAUGAGAAAAACGCUGUAAAUGAUGAAGACUCCACCAAGUGUAUAAAACCAUCAGAUGCGAGCACUGGAGGAUUGAAAUCCAGGAGGUCGUUCAGCCCGAGAGAAGCUUUGAGAUCAAAAGCCAUUAUUAAACCUGCAAUUGUUGAGAAGGAUAUGAAGGCAGUCAUGGGAGGGACUGUUUCGGAUGCAGAGUCAGAAAAACAGAAGUCUGUUUUUAAAAUGGUAACAAAUAAAAUGACAAGCAGCAUCACAAUCUUCCCUUCUGAGCCAACAGCUCCAAGGACCACUGCAGAUAUAGCAGGAAAGGAAAGGCAUGUUACCACCAGCAACAUCAGAGCAGCCUCAAAUGAGCCUUCACCAUCAAUAACAAACAGUGUCCCCACACCCUUCGAGGUAUCGAUUAAUAAAAGUGCUCUGAAAUUAUCUGAGGUGGACAGAAGUGGAGAGGCAGUGCGGAGGAAUAAAGCCGAAACGGUGGUCUCCAGAAGCAGCAUUAUGCUAAAGACUUCUGAACUCACAGAGAGAAACAGUGAACUGCCUGCAGAGACAAUCAGCUGGAAGAGCCACGGCUCUUCAGAUGCAGCUUCAUCUGAAACAAAGCAUGUCGCUGUGAGAAGUUCCUGGAGAACGAGACCAGGCUUACAGUCCCUGGAGGACUCUCAAACUGAAGUGGAAAAAAGUGCAGCUUCCAGUACCACAAACUUGUGUAGGUCCUCAGUGGACCUCUCCGAAGUGGAAGGGAAUAGUGCAAGAACAGACUCCCUGGAGCAGACCUCAGCAAGGACCCGUGCCACAGCUAAUUCUUGGAGUGCCCCUGAACUGGGGUCCCGAAGGACCAAAAGUAACUUAAGUGCAUCUGAACUGCUGACACGCAGGAGCUGUGCAAGUGAUCCUACAGCAGCAGCUGCUUGGCACCGGACUGCGCUACCUGAUGAAAGCAAGGAUUUUGUGUCCAGUUCCAGAAGGAAGCAGUACAGCUCUUCUGAGUACCUCUUACAGGCUGACAUUCCAGGGAAAAGGCCAGCCACCAAGGUGGAGCUGCAGGACCCUGAAUCCAACUCCCCUGCACAACCAGGUCUCCAAGCAGAGGAGCAGGGCACUUCCCAGGCCUGCCGGACAUCUCGGAGAUGAGCUGCAUUCCCUUCUGCUCAGUGAAAACAGUGGAGCAAGAGGCAGAAUAGUACCAAGCUCCCAGGCAUCACACCUGUUUGUAACCUCUCCAGAGGCUUCAGCUAGUCUGAAACCAUUUUUGUAAUGCGAUUUGAAAGGUACAGGAGCUUUACCAGUGAAUUCUUUUUCUUCAUUGCUGAAGAGGCAGCUGCAGAGACUUUGCUCAGGGGACUCCCUUUUCUCAUCUCUGUACCUGCAAUCUUAAUCUUCCAUAUAGGAUGGUAAGUCUGUCUCCAUAUGGAAACUCUGACUGCAUAGCCUCUGUGAACAAUGGUACCCCCUGGACAAGAGAGAAUUUCUUGUUAAUCACUUACAUUCACACAAGAUCCCAGCAGUGUCCCUGUGACUACGUCCAGCCCAUGACAGCUGUCCUCCACAACUGAAAGCUUUCCGUUUCUAGAGACAUUUUGCAUUGUCCCUAUACACCCUUGUUGGCUGGGGUAGUGGUCACAUCACUACCUGUGUUCCCAGCACCCUCUCUCUCUAGGUAGGAAGAGACCAUUCCUCGCUGGUUGCUUGUUGCUUUACACAUUGAGAGGGAAGGAGAAGAUGUUGUUUAGAAGCAGUUUGUUUCCUGUUGCUGUCAAGUCUCUGCAACAAACCUUGCAUGACCUACUCAUCACCAGUUGAGAUCCCACACCAAGAAGCCAUCCAGUGAGCCAAACAAACCAGUGUUGCAGCAGCAACACUUCCUCCUGCCUGGAACUGGAGUGCCAUUUACCUGAAGCUUUAUGUCUCUCACACUCUGCAGGCAACAGCUCUGCACUCAUUCUCAGCAAUUGAGCCAUAAGAGAAAAAGAAACAAGUGCUUUUCCUCACAGACAAGCAGAAUGUCCUUGUUGCUUCCCAAAACAGAGUGGAGUCAGCAGGAUUGAACCCUAAGCUGAUUUCCAGUAUAGUUACAGCCUCCAUCUGUGCUCUAUCCCCAUCUACUGUGCCCGGGGCCCAGGUGUGAUCAGAGACUGCUUCAAAUACGGAGAUGUGUCCCCCUGUCAGUGCUCCCAGGCCAACGAAUGCAGUUGGGGUCACUGUCAGGCAGAGACCGUCCCCGCAGCUCCAGGAGGGGGGCAGGUGCUGGAGCAGCGUCUGCCCUGAGCAGGGUUAUUGCUCCUGGCUCGCACAUGCCUUGGCAACUCCCUCUUUUCCAUUCCACCCCCUAGCUGCUGGGCUGGCCUGUGCACAAACAGCACUGACCCCCCAGUGCUUCCUGCUGCUUGUGAUUUUCUGUGGAGGGACAGGAAUAAUGCACCAGAAGGAAAAGAUCCCUGAUGUGUUUCAGAGGUCCUGUGGAAAGAGCUGCACCCCAGCUGCACCCCACACUCAUUCCCAUCUCCCACCUCCAGAGAAGCAGGUGCUACAGCUGUGUGUCUGCACAUCCUGUGCUGCAGCUCCUCCCUGGCUGCAAAAUAGCUAUGAAAACACAAGAGGCGUGUUUCAGUGA